CGUUAAACGUCCCCCACCAGUAAACAACGAAAAAGAAGGGAGGAGACGCCCCGCCCCCCUCGCGCUUACUUGCGGCUGCUCAGCUGACUGGUCGUCAUGCGGUUCCGCUUCUGUGGAGAUCUGGACUGUCCAGACUGGGUGCUGGCCGAAAUUAGCACGUUAGCGAAAAUCUCUAGCGUCAAGAUGAAACUCCUGUGUGCUCAAGUGCUGAAGGAUUUACUUGGGGAGGGAAUUGAUUUUGACAAGGUUGCAAAGCUCACUGCAGAUGCAAAGUUUGAGAGCGGAGACAUCAAAGCCAGUGUGGCGGUGCUCAGCUUCAUUUUCUCCAGUGCAGCAAAGCAUGAUGUUGACAGUGAAUCACUGUCCAGUGAGCUGCAGCAGCUCGGCCUUCCCAAAGAACACACAACUGGACUCUGCAAAUCAUACGAAGAUAAGCACUCUGCGCUGCAAGACAAACUACGAGAGACGAGCCUGAGAUUGGGGCGCCUUGAGGCGGUUUCUUGGCGGGUUGAUUACACUCUGAGCUCCAGUGAGCUGAGGGAGGUGAAUGAACCCGUGAUUCAUCUGAAACUCCAGGCACAGGGAGCGGAGUCAGGCUGCACAGACACAACCGUUGUUUCGGUUUCUGCUGACAAGUUCAGAGUGUUGCUUGCAGAGCUCAAACAAGCCCAGGCUAUGAUGAAUGAACUACAAUGAAGUCUAACCUCAAUAUCUGAAGAGCUGGACAUAAUUGGUGCUGAUAGAAUGCCAGAAGUGCCACACGUAGAUCUUGUACAGCAUAUUUGUUUUUGUAUGAAUGUAGUUAUAUAUAAGGUUAAAGCUAAGGUUGGUAAUGCAGGAAAAGCUAGCAAGACUUCACUUUGAAAAAAUGCAACCGAUACAUCCCACUCUAUCCCAUCAGCCCUAUCAUCAAAGCUAGACCCCCAAAACAGAUGAACAGUGCCUGACAACUACUAGAAGUCGACUUGUGCGUGGCUCGCUUGCUAACUUCUGGGUUUAGUCUCUGCUUCGGGGGUGCAUGUCUCCCCGGGCUGAAGACUCUGGUCAUGUGCAGCGAGAGCACGGGCAGGGUGCUUGCAGAUAGGCAGGUCAGUUAAGCCAUCUUCAGACUUGAACUCUGGAGAAUGUCUGGAGAACUGGCCGAGUUUGCCGAACAGUGAAGCAGGAGAUUCUCUGCACAGACACGUUCACAACAACAUAGUAAUCUGCGGAGCAUUCAGACGAGGGAUGUGGCAGCAGUAUUGAUUCUCCUAUGGAGAUCAUGUGUUUUUGUUUACAUUGACACUAACGUUGGCACAUCAACAUCAUCGUUGGUGUCUUCCAGGUGUAUGGCACAACUUUGUUUUUAGUUUCAUUUUUGUGUUGCUCGUCGCUGUAAAUCCUGUAGACCUCCUACUGUAUUCACUCAGGCUCAUUUGGACAUCACCCAGUUUUUUCUGCUAGGGGGCUGGCCGGAGAAGUCUUGAGCCUCACUUGGACAUUUGCAUUCUUACUUACAGCGCUUCUGGAGAAAGUGAGGAGAUUCUCCAGAGUUCAGUGCAUGUCUGACAGUAUGGCUAUCGGUACUGGCUAUGGCUAUAUUUUAUGGCUAUAGGGAUGUGAAGAGGAUUAAGAUAAAAAAGUGUUUCAGAAACAAAAUACCAACCCUACCUUUUAAGUCAGAGGCCCAUUCCUCAUUUAGACGGAUUGAUAUUUUGAUGUAUUUUAUUACUACGUGAAUAACUGCUGAGAAUGUUUCUGAACAAAACGGACCAUUUAUAAAAUAUUGCUAAAUAAUUGUUAUUUGAAUCAUGUUGAUGAUUUGUAUGUUACCUUGAUUUGAUCAGAAAUAAAAUGUAAAACA